AAACGUUUGCACACUCCCAGAUUCGUCCUAUUUGGCAGCUGCCUCCUCAUCAGGAACUUCUAACAUCACUCAAAGACUCUCUCCACCAAAUAACCCACCACCAUGGCCCACCGUUAUCCAGCACUCACCCCAGAACAGAAGAAGGAGCUCUCAGACAUUGCCAAACGCAUUGUUGCUGAUGGCAAAGGCAUCCUGGCUGCAGAUGAAUCUGUUGGUACCAUGGGCAAUCGCCUGCAGAGGAUCAAGGUAGAGAACACGGAAGAAAACCGCCGUCAGUUCCGAGAAAUCCUCUUCUCUGUGGACAAAUCCAUCAGCCAGAGCAUUGGGGGUGUGAUCCUUUUCCAUGAGACUCUCUAUCAGAAGGAUAGUCAGGGAAAGUGGUUCAGAGACAUCCUCAAGGAAAAGGGAAUCGUGGUGGGAAUCAAGCUGGACCAAGGUGGUGCUCCCUUGGCAGGAACAAAUGGAGAAACCGCCAUUCAAGGCUUGGAUGGACUCUCUCAGCGCUGUGCCCAGUACAAGAAGGAUGGUGCUGACUUUGGGAAGUGGCGGGCUGUGCUGAAGAUCGCUGACCAGUGUCCCUCCAGCCUGGCCAUCCAGGAGAAUGCCAAUGCGCUGGCCCGCUAUGCCAGCAUCUGCCAACAGAAUGGACUAGUCCCCAUUGUGGAGCCAGAAGUCAUCCCUGAUGGAGAUCAUGACCUUGAGCAUUGCCAGUACGUCUCUGAGAAGGUCCUGGCCGCUGUCUACAAGGCCCUGAAUGACCACCAUGUCUACUUGGAGGGAACACUACUGAAGCCCAACAUGGUGACAGCUGGACAUGCCUGCACCAAGAAGUACACACCUGAACAAGUGGCUCUGGCCACUGUCACAACUCUCCACCGAACGGUCCCUGCUGCUGUUCCAGGCAUCUGCUUUCUAUCUGGAGGCAUGAGUGAAGAAGAUGCCACUCUCAAUCUAAAUGCCAUCAACCUUUGCCCACUGCCCAAGCCCUGGAAGCUAAGUUUCUCCUAUGGACGAGCCCUGCAGGCCAGUGCACUUGCUGCCUGGGGGGGCAAGGCUGCAAACAGGAAGGCAACCCAGGAGGCAUUUGUGAAGAGGGCUCAGGCAAACUGCCAGGCAGCCAAAGGGCAGUACGUUCAUUCAGGCUCAUCUGGUUCUGCUGCCAGCCAGUCCCUUUUCACUCCCAGCUAUACCUACUAGUGUCGUAGGAAUCUCUCCCCCACCGUUGUCCCAGCUCCUCUUUACAUGUCAUUAGGAGGUGACUGAGGAGUGAAUGUAUUUCAACCCAGAUUGGAAAUUGUGUGACAAUUAUGAUUGGACUUAGACACACACACACACACACACACACACACACACACACACAACACACACACACCCCUUCUUCUCCCCACCCUUCCCUAAUCCCCCUCCCAACUCCCAUUUUAAGGACCUGAAACCAAUUUUCACAAAGCUGUUCCUUGCUGGUGGGGAAGCUGGAUAACAGUUUCAACCCCGUCUCAGUGACGCUCCUUCCCUGCAGCUUAAGAGUAAUUAGUAUUUUUUUUUAAAUGCCACUUUUCUGCCAUGAAUAACAGUCAUCCAGUGAAACACCUCUCAGAAGCUGUGGACUGAUGAGCAUUUCUUACCGAGCAGUCCUGGCAGUCUGCAAACCAGUACUUGCAUUGGAAAAUAAAUAAAACAUUUUAUAAACACUU